AUGGCUUUAGUCUGGAGAUCAGAUCAUGAAAAAGACACUCCGGCCAUCUCGAUGCUAGAUUUAUAUAAAGAUCCGGGAACCCCAGCAAAAGUUGGCCUCGUUAGACCUGCCUAUUUUAUAUACGUUUGUUACAUGCUCAACCUCAACUAUACUCUCCCUCCAUCUGGUUCGAGCAAUAAUGCGCUUUCCCACGCAGCUCUGAUGCGCUCGCAGAAAGCGCAAGAUAGCGAAGCCCCAAAUGCCACCAAAUACGAUAGUACCAAUGAAAUAGCAAGCUCUAGCUUCCAAGAAAAUGGCAACGACGAUCUCAAUAGCAAUGCCAAACGCAACAGUCUUGGAAAUGACAUCAUUGCCAAUGAAAACAGAAGUCCCAAGUCUACCAACUCUUACUCCACCACAUCUCCUCCCCGGACUUCACAUAGAAGAUCCAAUUCUCUUCUCCACACUCCAGCGGACUCUAGCUUCUAUCCAGUCUCUGGAGAACACUCUUCACGCAAGGGUUCUAUCCCCACCCCUCCGGACCUGCCUAUGUCUCCUUACACGCUUGGUUCGUCGUUCAAGCCUCUGUUGAUGCUGACUCUGGGCCAGACCCAAGGGACUGCGCCUACUAUAGAUCUUGACCAGGUAACACAUGCCUCAGCUACAUUCCAGCGCCGCUUGAGCCAGGGCUCAUCUCCCUUAUUACAGACCAUUCCCAACGACCUGAUAUCGGCAUACACAUACAACUACCGCCCUGUCAAGGGUAGUUCGCUCAAAAAGGAUCGUUCCUCCACGAACAGUUCCGCAGACAAUUCUUCGCAAAUAGAAGAAUAUUCAAACAUCAGCCCUUCUAGCUCCGACAGCUACACAUUAUCCAACAGUUCUACAUUCAACAGUGUGGCUUCUUCUACUACCAGCUCCGCUACUUUUGGUAUGGGAACUGAUUUAGGUGGAAACAGAAACGGAAAUAGCGAUCGUCUUUUCAGCCAUUCAUGUCGAGCACAACCAAAUUUUCCAUUCUACUACUGUCCCAGAAGAGGCUCUUACUCAAAAAAGUCGCCAGCCACAGAUGCUGUGCCUACAUAUACCCAGGGAUGGGAUAUCAUACCCCCACUGGCUGGGGGAAACGAUAUCAGUCCCAAAUGUUCUACGACCGACGAACCUAACUCGGUGAGACGCUACAAGUCGUUGGGUCCAAGUUGGCUGGGGAAAAGGAACGCCGACUCUAAGAAGCUGGCGCAUAGAAUUACCGAGUAUCUGGACGAUACACCCAACCAGCUGGAAAAUGAGUCAGACAAUGAAGAAAAGGCAUUAUUGCAGAAGAAAGUACUCGAGGAUCCAAACUUGUUUCCUGAGACUUCCAAGUCACUCCUAGCUAAGUUUUGCCCCAAUGAUUUGGGUGAUGCCAACCCCAAGUGUCCCAAGAAAGCCAGCAAGUUGGGAAGGACGUUGCUGAAACUCAAGGGUAGAAGCGGCAAUAUUGACACCAAUACCAAGGUCCAGAAAGCAACAGGAGACUUGAAAAGUUAG